UCAACAGAUCAGUAUAUGACAGAUGUUCGUGUAGGACGAGCCGCUUCAUUCAAUGUGGAGGAAACGCGGAGGGGAGCGGUCUGUGUCUGGAUUAUUCGCCGCGGAGGAGAGCUAAAUGUACUGAAACAUGUCUGGGGAGAAGGCCACGAAUCCCUGUAACAAAUUUCAAGCCAACAUCUUUAAUAAAAGUAAGUGCCAAAACUGCUUCAAGUCCCGGGAGCUGCAUCUGUUGAACGACCAUGACAAGGAGCAGGCCAAACCCAUCUACGGAGGCUGGAUGUGUUUGGCUCCGGAGGGGACAGACUUUGACAACCCAAUGCAGAGGUCACGGAAAUGGCAGCGGCGCUUCUUCAUCCUGUAUGAACACGGCAGCCUGAGUUUCGCCCUGGAUGAACUGCCAAGCACUUUGCCACAGGGGACGGUGAACAUGAAUCAGUGCACGGACAUCACAGACGCUGAGCCCAGGACGGGCCAGAGAAACGCGCUCUGCAUCGUCACGCCGGAGCAGGAAAUAUUCAUCCGUGGUGACAAUAAAGAGAUCAUUAAUGGGUGGAGUGAACAGCUUGCAGUGUAUCUACAGACUAACAAGCAAAAUCAGAAGAAAAAACGCAAAGUGGAUCCUGUUACCACCCAGGAACCCAGUCCAGCAAAGAUGGCUGCAACUGAUCCGGCAGAGUCCAGCUGUGGUCGGUGGCAGGAAGACCAGCAGGGCAGGGGACAGGAUGUGACCCCCAUCUGGACUGUCACAGACACAGAUCCCCCAGGCCCAGAGCAGACCCCUGCAGGCAACACGUCUGCCUACCUGUGCCCGGUCUCCACGGACUCUCAGAUCUUGGAUGCUGCUGGCAGUUUCGGGAGCCCAAUUUUGGGCUCGGCAGCCAAUGGAAACACGGACCCUGAGUCAAACAACAUCCAAACAUCAACAAACAACAAGAACCAGAGCCAGGACAGAAGCCAUGGCAGCACAGCAGAGAGGAUUCUGGGAUUGGAGGCCGCAGAGAAAGAGCAGGGAGGAGGGACAGCCGUUUCCAGGAAGGGCAGGAGUGAGGUUCGCACCAGCAAGCAAGAGAAACUGCAGUCAUGUGGAGACAUAGCCCAGCUCGGCGCGCCCCCUCCUCAGAGACGAUCCAAAUCCCUGGACCGCAGGACGUCAGACACCGUCAUGACACCAGAUUUAUUAAACUUCAAAAAAGGCUGGAUGGUGAAACUGGAUGAAAAUGACCAGUGGAAGAAAUACUGGUUUGUGCUGUCAACUGACAGUCUUAGAUACUUCAAGGACUCAGUAACUGAGGAGGCUUCAGAUCUUAAAGGAGAAAUUGACCUAACGAAGUGUUAUAAUGUGUCCGAGUACCAGGUGCAGAGGAACUACGGAUUUCAGAUCCAUACUCCGAAGGCCGUCUACACACUGUCGGCCAUGACUGCAGGGAUACGCAAGAACUGGAUCCAGUCUCUGAUGAAAAAUGUGCAUCCAGCUAAUGCUCCAGAUGUAGCCAGUUUACCUGGCCACCACGUCCCCUGCAGCCCACCUGAAGCCCUCCCCAAACCAGAUGUGACUCAGGACUCUUCCUCCAUUGACAUCCCAACAGAGAGAGACUCUCAUCCCAAACCCAGGAGUGUGAUGGAAAGACGGCGAGAAGGGCGCUACAGAACAUUUGACUGGGCUGAGUUUAGACCUCAGAAAAAGUCAACACUGGAGACCGACCCUCAGAGGACUAAAUCUCCGUGCUCGCUGGAGAUGGGAGACCUGGAGAGAAGGAGGAGGCGGGAGGAGAGGAGGAGGAGGUAUGAGAACAUGCUGGGCUUCUCUCUGAGCUGGGAAGAGAGUGGAGAUAAGAGAGAGAGUGGCGGUGUCAGAGCACUGAGUCCAAAAUCUCAAGAAAAAGUGGAAGAGGAGAUGGAAGAGUGCUGGAAGCAGGUGGAGAAGACUAUGUUCAGACCGGAGAGGACAGUCUCACUGUUUACUGAAGCCAAAGACACUGUGGAGAUGGAGAAGCUUUUGGACAUCUACAGGAAGGGGGUUGAGGAUCUGAAGAUUCAGCUGGCAGAGUCCGAGCGGCGCAGACUAGAGCUGGAAGCUCAGCUGAGUCCAGUGGGAUAUCAUCAGCAGCAGCAGCAGCAGCAGCAGCAGCAGGAGCAGGUUACAAGGCCUGACCCUCCACCAGGUCCCCCAAACGAAAAUACGUCAAACGGCCAAACACAGAGUCUGAGAGAUGUAUAUGAAGAGACCAGAGAGCUCUUACAGCGGCAGAACAUUAUCAGACAGGACAUGCAGGAGCAGCUCGGCCUCGAACCCCCUUCAUCAACACCUCAGAUGCCCAGCAUCUGGCUGCAUGAUACAGAGGGCAAUUUCCAAGAAUUGGGAGAUUUCACACCUUUACUUUCACCUGCAUCAGACAGGCAACAUGCACUGUCUCAGAAUGAUGGAGGAAUCACAGGACUAAACUUUGAUAGCACAACAACCAACCACCAGAAGCAGCUAGACAGAGAAGACAGUCAGCUGUUCCCCACUUCAGAAACACAAAUAAAUGACAGUGAAUAUGACCCAGAAUCAUUCAUUUUGGAAAAGCCUGCAGAGGGAGAUGAGAGCCCACUCAACUGUCUCAUAGAGCAGUACAUACCUCCAGACCAGGCGAUGGUGAGGAGGCUUUCCCAAGAGGUGGAGCUGCUCACCAGCCAGAACGAGGCCCUCAACCAGCGCAACCAGGAGAUGUUAAACCAACUGACGGAGGCAGACCGCGAGAUCGAGAGGCUGAAAGCAGAGCUCAGCAGCAGGUACACCGAACCCCAUCACCUCCCAGAAGUGGAGCAACAGGGAAAGAUGAGGGCAGGAGAUCUGGAGAGGGAGCUGGGUGUGAGGAACCAGGAGCUCCUGGAGGCCCAGACGCUGAUCACAUCUCUGGAGGAAAAUCUGAGGGAGGCGGAGGCGCUGCUGCAGCUGAACAUCCCGGCAGAGAAGGAAGAGACAGAAGAGGAGAAAAAUGAACAGAAAGCAGAGGGGUAUCUGCUGCUGUGCUUUCAGGCUACUGAAGCUAAGCUGACAGAGCUGGAGAGGCAGCUCGACCAAUCAGAAGCAACCUGCAGGGAGCUGCAGGUGCAAAACGCAGAGCUGAAGGUGGCUGAGAAACUUUACCUUCAGAGAGCUGCAGAGGCCGAGGCUGACAUCGUGAGACUGAGUCAGGAGUUAAAGAAGGAGAGGUUGAAGGGAGAAAAGAGUUGUGUUUCUGGUGAAGAAAGGAUCCAGCAAGUGAUAGAAGGGAUGGUCAUGAGGUUGGAAGCUUUGGGGAAAUUAUUGGAGGCGAUUGACAGGUUGGAUUUUGGAAAAGAAAGUGAGGGUGAGGAGGAGACGCCUGCAGUGGUGAGUCAGCUGAAGUGGGAGGAAGGGUUAUGGAGUUUGCUUCUCAACAAACUGCGAGCCAGCCCUUCCCAAUCAGAUGAGGAGAAAUCUGUAGAAGUGCUUCUCAGUCAGGUGACAGAGCACAUGAUUUUAGAGAGAGAAAUGCUGCUUGUAGGUGUAGGUCUACUUCCCGAGACAGGUUCACGCACAGACGAGGGGAGGGAAGGUUUGAAAGAUCUGGAUAUUAUUUGGGAUACCGCAAGUGUGACAGAAACAGAAAGCACAAAGAUCGAUGAAAGCAAGUUGUCUGAUUUUAACCAGCUCUGUGGCGUUGAACAUUUUAGAGCGAUCACACAGAUGAAAAUCUCUUUGCUAAACCAAGUCGCCUCCUCUGUCAGCACCUAUGCCCCAGAACAACUCCAGCUGAUUGCAGACAGACUUAACGCCUUUCACAUUUCAGCGCAUCCUUGGUUUGGUUUCUUUCACUCUGCAGCCACUGAAGCUCUGUACUGCUGUCACUUAAACCAGGUUCAGUCAAAAUGUGAGAAAGAGCUUGAAGAAACCAAACAGAAACUGCUCACUUCUUCUCUUAACUGCAGCAACUGUGUCAAACUGAUUGAAGAAAACAAAGAACUAAAAGAAAGACUGUUGAACCUAGAAGAAGAACAAGGAUCCUCAUGGAGAGAUAAGAUGAGUGUGUGUUGUCAGACAGAUGAGAUUUACCCACAGGACACAGAGACAGAGAUAACAAAGGAAAGUACUGAAGGUGAAACGAGGGAAGAAGAUGUUAAACAGAAAUCCGAAACACCAGAAGAAGAGACGGUUGAGUCCUCGCUCAGCUGUAUGGAAACCACACAAUUGGGAAGCCAGGAGGUGUCGGAUGAAAACUUAGAAGAAAGUGAUGAAUCCCAGCGGGAAACAGAUCCAAACCUGGAGAUGGAGCAAGUUUUGUCGCUGAGAAGAAGAGUGGAGGAGCUGGAGGAGCUGCUGUCUGUCACUGUGGAAGAGAUGAAAGAGGAGUUUGACGGGAAAAUGAGUUCUGUUCAGAUGCAACAGGAGAUGGAGACGGAGAAGCUGAAGGCCACAUGUCAGCGUGCGUUUGCCUCCAUGGAGGACUCUCAUGUGAAGGUGGUUGAGGAGCUGCAGCGCCGACACCAACAGGAAGUGGAGCGCCUCCUGGAGGAGAGAGACCAACUGCUGGAGGAGGAGAGCGCUGCUACUGCAACAGCAAUCGAAGCCAUCAAGAACGCCCACCGUCUGGAGCUGGAGCGGGAGGUGCAGAGGAGAUGCCAGUCAGAAAACAACAACGGAAACACGAUCCUGGAGGACUUACACAGACAACACAGUGAGGAGCUGGCCUCCUACCAGCGGGAGCUCGAGGUUUUGUCCCAGCAGUUCUCUCUCAAGUGUCUGGAGAACGGGCAUCUGGUCCAGGCUGUGGAUGCAGAGAGGAAGGCCUUGUGUCAGUGCCAGCAGGAAAACCAGGACCUGAGGACCAGGAACCAGGAGCUGAGCGGUCACCUCGCAGCAGAGAUCACCAGACUGUGUUCGCUGGCCAAACAGGACGACCUGCCGCUCAGUCAGGGGAUGGACAUCUACGAGAUGGAGAUCACUCUGCGAGUCAAGGAGUCUGAGGUGCAGAGUCUGAAGCAGGAGAUCACGUCUCUGAAGGAAGAGCUGCAGUCAGCACAAAGGGACAAGAGGAACGCAACAAAGAGGUACAAGGACAUUUACACUGAGCUGAGCAUCGUGAGAGCACAAACAGAGAGACAGAUGGACGACCUGAGAGAAAAUCUGAGGCUGGCUCAUCAGGCUCUGGACCAGACUUCACCCUGAAUUCUUCAGUUUGGACAAUUGUCUUCUCUGUCACAAAAAGUACUUUACCCUCAGUAUUACUCUCAUGAAAUGUAUUUAAAAAAAAAAGAACUGAUGUAUUUAAUAAGUCCAGGGACUCUUAUCCACAGUCUCACCUUUUUACUUUUGGUUUUGAUUUCAGUUUUGGAGAUAAACCUGUCAGGACCAAGUAUUUUAGAUUAAUUCCUAUGAUUGUGAUGAUUAUGUCAAACUUAUAUUUAAUUUGUUUUCUUUUGUCUUUACAUGUAUUGACCAAAUAUCACCAUAAAAAAAAUUCAUGGUUA